GCUACCACCUGGCCGCGCACCUGCAGCCUGGGCGCUCGGCGGGAAUGGCGGGUUCCCAGCUACUGCGGCUGGCGCUGGCCUUACUGCUGCUAGUGAGACCCAGAGACUCCUCUGUCGUCCUUGUAGUCACAGGUGUUGCCUUUUCAGUAUUCUGGGAAGCAGUAGGAGUAGGAUCAACCACCACAAGUUCAGAGUCCACGACUGUCUUCUUCACCUCAAGUUCAGAGUCCGGAUCUGUCUCCUCCAACACAAGUCCAGACCUUGCCUCCACCUCCCCAAGUCUGGAAGUGACAUCCACUCCAGACUCCGACUCCAGCUCCACAGGAACAAACCCAGGCUCAGCCUCCCCAGAACCAGAAACAGCCUCUCUCCCUAGCUCUGGCUCCCCAGGUUCCGAGCUGACCACCAUAUCCCAGUUCACGAAUUUGCUUCCACAAGGUUCACCCACCGUGUCCAGCCCCAGCCAGGAUGCAGACAGCCUGUGGAUCCCCACAUCACGCAGGAACCCGGGAGUGGUGAUCGCUGUCUGUCUGCUUGUGUCUGUCUUGCUGGUUGGCUCCGUGCUCACUGCUGUGAGACACUGUAACCAAAAUGCAGCAGCUUUUCAGAAUCUGGAUACAGUAUCCAUGGGCAGCGUGAGCCAGAGGCUGCCGUUUGCGGACCGCCUACAGUCCUGACUCUCAGAGGCCUGGAGAUGGGGUGGGGAUGAAACCUGGGAAAAGCAGCAGCUGGGAAAGUCUCCACUGCACUGACCUGGGGAUGAGCCUGCGGCAGGAGCACGGCUUGAGCCCAGGAGUUUCAGGCCAGUUUGGCCCACACAUCUAGUCCUCAACUCAAAGAUGAAGUCAAUCCAGCACUUGGGAAGCAGAGACAGCAGGGUCAUGUGUUCAAGUCCACCCUAGGCAACACAGGGGGUUUGAGACCAGCACUGAGCUGGAGAGAUGGCUCAGUGGUUAGGAGCACUGGCUGCUCCUACAGAGGAGCAGGGUUCCCAGCACCCACAUGGCAGCGCAACCACCUGCGACUCUAGUUCCCGGGGAUCUGACACCCCUUUUAGCCCUGCAGUCACCAGACUCACUGGUGAUAGAUACACAGACAUACAUGCAGGCAGAACACAUUUAAAAAAUAAAUAAAAACUGAAUAAAAUC